AUGUCCUUUCUUCAUACGCAUUCGAGCGAGUGUUUAAAGAGUGAACUCGACCUCUUCUCCUUACCACCCACGCAAACUAGUAUCGAGAGUUCACAAUGGAUUCAUUACAAACCCGUGACUUCGCUCUCGGACGACUCGCCGAUAGAAUUCGUCAUUCCCGGUCACGGAGAAGAAUAUUUAGAUCUCACGCACACCAUGCUGAGUCUUCGCGUACGCGUAGAAACGUCAGGCGAUUCCACAGGACACGUUACGGGAGUAAGCGGCAGCGCAACGACGGACAAUGUAGGCCCCGUAAAUCAUUUACUUCAUUCCAUCUUCAAUCAGAUCGACGUGUAUUUCAAUCAAAAGCUCGUAUCGCCGCCAAACAACGCUUACGCGUACCGCGCCUACAUCGAGGCGUUGUUAAAUUAUUCUUCACCGGCAAAAACUUCCCAUCUAACCUCAUGUCUAUGGGACGCGGAUACUCCCGGACGAAUGGACGAACCGGUGGAAUCAAAACGGCAAAUUCCGCUCUCGUGA